AUGCCUUGCUCUGGACCAACAGUUGAAACCAAGAUGGAGUGCGUGGGGCCAUGUCCGAGUAAGUGAAAAAUAUCUAUAAUAUUUUAAUGGAAUGAGUAAUUUAUUUUCCAAGUUGUCAAUUAACUGCAAGAAUUGAGCAAUUGGAAUGUGGGAGUAAAAAUUGGUGAAAUAUUUUCUUUGAAUACUUGAGCUGGUUAUGCUGAAGAAUUAAGGAAAUGAACUUCAUUACGUAGUAUUUCAAAAUUUUUUUGAAGAAAAACGUUUAGAAACUCACUAAUUUAGAGUCAGUCUUAUGGGACCGUAUCAGCAGCUACAUCAUAUUGAUUAUUGAGUAUUUCAAUUUCUCACGAGGCCAUAAAAAUCUUGUUCUCCUAAGCUAACAUUAAGAAAUGAACACAGUCGAUCAUUUAUCAACAAACGAACGACAUUCAAUACUCACAUUUUUUCCUAAACGAUAAACAAAUGCUUGAAACGCCUUUUGAAGCAAAAUGUCAAAGGCAAUUGACUUACCUCCGACAACUCAAGCGAACAUUUAUUCAAGUGGUUUACUAGUUUCCAAACUCAGCAGCACAAAAGUAACUUAGAAAUGUACAAAAAGCUUCCGUAUUUCUCAUUGGUUUAAUUUAGCGGGCCCUCUGGAUGGUAACUGGGGUUUCUGGUCUCCAUGGACGCGGUGCCCUAAGACCUGUGGUAUAUCAGCAGGAUCUAUCAUCAGUAGAACGAGAGUGUGCAAUAAUCCACCUCCAAUGAAUGGCGGGAAACAGUGUGUUGGAGAUGACAGAGAAAGUGUUCGAUCUUGCUUUGCGCCUUGUCCAGGUAAAGAUGGCUCAUUUUCAUAUGACUCACGAACCCUAGCUGUACUUUAAAGCGAAUUAUUUUUCGUAAAUGCCCAUCCAAACUGGAGAGGCGAGCGGGCAGAGAAGCUGAACAUUGUAUUGUUGAAUCCAACCUAAUUCAACUCGUCUUUUCAGAACUAAUCAUCGGUUGGUUUGCCCCCUUUUCGUUUUGUUUAUAGUCGAUGGUGGGUUCGGUUUAUGGUCAGCAUGGGCAACAUGUAGUAAGACGUGUGGCACUGGUACCAAGUCAAGGAGCCGACUGUGUAACAACCCAGUCCCUGCUAGUGGAGGAGAAAACUGCACUGCGGAUUUCACUCAAGCGAGGAGUUGCCAACUUAAAUCAUGUCCUGGUAAGUAAUCACAAACUCUUUUUUGUCAAGAUUACAACAGUUUCUUAAAGAAUGAAGCUGUUCUUAAAUUGUUCAAAACUUUAACAUUUUCUUUCUUAACAAACAAACAGAAAAACAACAAAAAGCACAUGCAGGUAGAACGAUAAUUAUUGCUUGUUUGAAUACUAUUCAGGUGCCGUAAAUGGAGGGUGGACACCGUUUUCAUCUUGGAGCACGUGCACGGAGUCCACCAAUUGUCUUCAAGGCACUAAGAAAAGAACCAGAAGCUGUACCAACCCCCCUCCAGCAAACGGUGGUGACUCUUGUGUUGGUCUGGCUGAAGAAGAGAAGAUUUGUCCAACGCAAGCCGAUGGAUGCACACGUAAGAAAUUAUAAGAUCUAAAUUUUGCCUAAAAAUUUCUUGUAAUGUCAUUGGAAGUAAACCCAAUCGAAAAUUAAGGUUAAGCGAAGUUCGCAACGGUUUUCUCGGGUGUACCAGUGACUCCACGACAUGCUUAGUGAUGCAGACGUGCAAGGCACUGCUAGGUUUAUAGACGUGCACUUUUGUUGUUGGUAAAAUCUGUAGAAGAGGUCUAACUUAAGUUUUCCUUUUUUUUUUUUUUUAAUUCUAGCCCUCAGGCCGCAAAAACCAGACAAAACGCAGGCCGAUCCAAACUCCUGGAUUGCUCUCGAGUGUGGAGCGGCCGAAAAGUUUUCUGCAACAGGUUCUUACAAACAGGAUAUCCCUGCUGCUGUUUAUUCAAACUUUGACUUCAUGAGAGCUGAGCUGGAGAGCGGAUAUUUUGCUGUGCAAAUGGUUCCUGACGAUCAAGAUGAUUAUGGACGAAAGCAGCUAAAAAAGGUGUGGUUACACAAAAUUAGACUGCGCUCUGUUCGUAUUCGUAAGAUGGAAAUUUUUUGCCUAUGAUCUGUUGUUUUUUCAGGUAUGCUUUGAGAUAACGACAUCCUUAACCAUCGACAAAGUCGUCACUAACAGGGCAGGAUACUACAAAAGUAUUGAUGCUUUGCCAGAGUGGACUAAGCCCGAGUUGACGGAGACUGUUCCUGCAUUUACCAUCUGGAUUGAUGAGUCACAAAGUCUUAGAAAGUAUGAGUUUCAGUGCGCAAAAUCGGAUGAGUAUGUACCACUACCGGGUUUUAUAAUGAAGGAUGUAAGGUGAGUCUAACGUUUCAGUGAAGCUUACUUCCAUGUUAACAUCGCACACAAAAUAUAGUAUUAGAAAGAACGCUAGCCCUCAUGUAUCAAGCUCAUCUAACUGCAAAUGAUUUGAGAAAAAAAAGGCUCAACGGAAUGACCGAGAAAAGACAUAGGCAGUCGGAGUUUACAGUCAUCUCGCCAUCAGGAAGACUCGCCACCAGCGAGCUCACCAUCAAAGAAAGCAUUUUGGAAAAUUGAUAAAAGCAGAAAAAGAACGUGCAAAGGAAUCAGAGAGUAAACGAGCCAAUCGUUGACUAAGAUAGAUGAACUAGUCAUCAGAUUAGUUUGGCCAAAAAAUAGCUAAGCGCUGGCUUAGUCGCUGACUCACUCUGUAUGAUGUCAGGUCUUAUAAGCACGUUUUUCCUUAUACCUUUUUAGUAACCAUUAGCAAACCAAGUCUAAAUCAAUAUUUACAUGACUUAGAACGGACUUCAUAUUCAGCCUAGUUUUGGGGUUAAAGGGUGCAUCACUUUUGCAGGUUUUCCUACUACUCUCAGGGAAAUUCCCAGACAUUCAAAGCCAAGGGCAAAUACACUUUGCAGACAGGAACUGUAUUCGAAACAGAAGUGAAGAAAGAUGUCCUCACUGGAGCAGUGCACGCGACAGGCAACGCUGAAUCAGUUACCUUUAUUGACAUGAUGGUCUCAUUCGGUUUAGACAUCAACAUCUUACCAGACUUUCUUGUCACGGCAUUGAAGUGAGUUUUUUGCUGUUAUUGCUGUUGACUCAUCAAUUGCUUAAGCUCACCUGCAAUUUUUGUGUUAGUGAGUUCUUUGAGCAAUGUGAAAUUCGAAGGGGAAAAAAGGAAAGGUCCUUCUUUCGCCAAAAGGCUAGCUCCUAAUUUGGCUGAUCCUCGCUGCACAGAGGCAUUAACAGUAAAUGGACCCAUGACUUUUUUGUUACCCAGUAGGCUCUAUCUGGCGAAGGGCUAACGCUCGAAACGUCAGCUUGGAAACUCUUUACAAGUACUAAUUUACAUUAUCAACUCGUAAAACUUCAUAUCACCAAAUUAUCUUGUUAUAUACCUAGAAAAUUGCCCCCUUUAUGGACUUGUGUACUUUUUAAGCAACGAAAUCCUUUCCUCGACCCAUCAUUUGGACUAAGAAAUUUAAAGGCAUGUUUCGUAAAAGUAAUACCGAUACUUAGGUGCACUUCACUCUCGUUAGCCUUUCAAAAUCUAAAGGCUUUUCUCUUACAAGGGAUAUCCCUAUUAAUCCGCUUUCGUUUGAAGAAACACACGUUUUCUGCUUUCGUCUACACUAGGAAGUCGUAAAAUUUUGGCAUAUGGCUUCAAAAGAAGAGUCAUGGGAGUGAAUCGUUUUGGAAAAGCUCCAUUUUCCCAUGUGAACAGGAAAACCUGGAUGUUAUUGAAAAUGGUGACGUAGAAAGAGUAACUCAUUUUCGUUUUUAUCAGCAUCUUCAGGGUUUUUAGUGCGGACGAAAGGAAAAGAUGAAUCAAAAAUACGGUUUUUGAAGUAAUCAAAUCUACGUGCGGAUGAAGCCACAGCAAAAGCGCUUAAGUAUACAUAUUAAGUAUUUGAGUUCCAUUCAGUCGUUCAAAUCAGUCCAGUUGAAUGAGUGAUUCUUUUCUUGCAGGAAAAUAGGCCUAUGGGAAUUCACCAUGUCUCCUGCGCAGCUGACAAGAAAGCUUGUUAGGAACGGCGUUAUCAGAUUCACAUCUUCAUUGGAUUUGGGUGGUGUUCCCGUUCAUAUAGAAAUUUUGACAGGAAUUAGAUUUGGAAGACCAACAUUUGCAGUGGGUUUUUCUUUCGAUCGUUACUCGUAUGGAAAACUGGCGGAGAAGCUAUCUGGAAUUGGUGUUGAUUUCUUGGACAAACUUGGUUUGGAGUUCGAGGUAAAACAUCGGUUGAUUGCAGUUUUUUUCCCUCUUAUCAGCGUAAUUUGCUUUCAUUCUAAGGAGAAUUCGUCAUAAACCAGUCAUUGAUCUGAUUUAAUUCUUUGAAAUGGAUUGGAUAAAGCCGACAGGAAUUUGCGUGGCUCUAAGUUUGUGAACUUUCAUUAUCGUCUGUGAGAAUGAUUAUGCCACCCUCAGGGCCUAAAAAUUUCUUUGAAGACAUGGUCCAUAAAUCUAAAGCUUGGCGAUUGUAAAUUUGUUACACGUGUUCAAUCAUUUUGUUAUUUUAAGGUAUGAAAUGUAAAUAACGAAUUAAUUAUCACCUCUUUUCAACUUUUACUAUUUCAACAGCUUAAUUAUAUUCACUCUUUUCAUUCUUUUACAAUAAUUACUAAUAUAAAUGUAUUUGACUAAGAACUUGAAUGAUUUUUGAGUUAAUUAAUUCCUCCACAGAUCGGAGUAUCUUUUCACCCGCCGGCACCCUUCCAGCAACUCCUGGUUGAUUCGGAGACCAAGUUUUCCAAAGAACCAUUGCACAGUUUUGUCACAACUAGCGUUCCGCAAGGUACAUUUUGGUCUCUAAAAACUUAGCAGAGAAAAACUUAGCAGAGACUUAUAAGCUUCAACCGUCAGUCAGUGAAUACACUCACAUGCAUGACAAUUACAUUUUUCAGUAAGAGCUUGGAUAGGUUUUAAUUGGUAAAACCUUCACCCUUUUCAGUACGCGAUUUCACUAUGAUCUUAUAGUAAGAUCGUCUUGUGACAGGCUGUUCUUACUAGCAGUGACUGACCCUUGACAUCCUGUGUGCAAUUCAUCAUUACAGUCAAUGCAUUUACUAUACACUAAUUCACUGUUAAGCAAAUCAUCAGGGUAAACUGACCACUCAGGGUAAAUUGAUGCACUGAUGAAUUUUUCGAUAGAUGAAUUGAAACUGUGUUUUGACCUUCCAAUAUGUAUAGGUAUCUUCGCUGCUGCUCAAAUCAUUCUCCCAAGAGACUGCAAAGGCAAUAAAUUCUGCGAAAUUAUGAAGCUGAUCGUAGGGCCAACAAUAAAAUGGUAUAUCACCGGUCAAUUUCAAUGGAGAAAAAUUCGGGUUGCCACAGGUUUCGCAAAUGUCCGUAUCUAUGAUGGACUAUACUUCCAUAAGCUUGAGCUCUACGUGGAGGUACGCAUUUAGACUGCAUUUUGACUUCUUUUUCAUCUAAUUUCAAUCUUUUCUCGUGUAUAGAUGAGUUACUUUGAAGCAAUUUGGUCAUAUUUGAAAGAAGCACCCUCGACUGAGAUAAUGUUUGAUCUCAGUCCCUAUUUGUAGCCCAACAUGCUCUUUCAAAGGAGCAGAGGCAGCAAAGAGGGUCUCAAUGGGGUAAUGGUUUUUACGGCUGACAGUUAAACGUUUGGCUAUUUUACGGUUACGAUUCAUCUAAAAUAACUCAAAGCGGCACAUUGGAAAAGUUUUUAAGGUUGAAAUUUUUAUUAAGACUAACGAUUAAACUUUAACAAUUUCACGCCUAUAGCUUGAUUUUUUUAGCCGUUUUAACCCCAUUAAGACCCCCUUAACGGAUAGCACCAGUAAAGCACAGAAUAAUGGACUUGUAACUUGUAUGAAAGAUAGUUACUUGUAUGGUCAAAGUAAACAGUUUAUUUUUAUCGAGUAUACCCUUUUUUUACUCUUUCUUUCUAUUUUUUUCCGUAUUCAUUUCUCAACAAGGCUGACUGGAAUGACUCAGCAAAUCACAUCAAAAUUGGGUUCCGCGCAGACAUCAAAGUACCGGUGAAUGGCGACAUAUAUCGUGACGGAAUCAGAGCGCCAAACAGUGAAUUGUUUCUCUUCGGUGUGUUAGAAUACGAUUUCCAGGAACAGGUGGUCGGGGGAAAACUGGGCAUGAGAGGAAUCUGGCGUAGAGCAUUCUUCAUACCAUUCCUUGGCAUUGGAAACAUCUUCCUUGGGUAACACUCAAAUUAUGAAUCAGCUUUCUUUGCUUGGGAGUGAAUAGAUAACACUGAAAUUAUUUUUUAAAUGAUCAUUAGAAUAAAAAUGAUACUAAAGAAAUAUAGUUGUGUUAAAUGGUCGGCAGUUGCUGGAGACGGAAAUUUUGACUUUGGAAAGUUACUUAAUCAAUAACUUCCUUAACUCCAGAAUCUCUAGUAUUUUAUUGAUGGAAGAUUCAGUUGAAGGACCGCUUCAACCCAACCAUUGAUUAAGACCUUACUACAUUGGAUUUCUGCCUGAAAUUCUUCAGGGAAGAAAAAGAUCUUGGCUAAGCUACCUUUCUCAUAGCCACGUUUGAAACUUUUAUACAUUUUUCAGCUUGACGUAUAAGGUUGGAGCGCCCAUACCCAUCACUGGCGUGCAAUUUGGAAUGCGAGUGGAGUUUGGAUAUGACUGUCUAAUACCGGCGGACUUCAAUAACGAUGUAAGUUCAAAAACAUUCAAGAUUCCACACCUUUCGUAUUCUCGAGAGACUCACACGAAACUUUCAUCAUUGGUUAUACUAGCAGUAUGCAUGUUGCAUGUCAUAUAUUCGCUUAGAGGUACAGCCACAGAUUACUCUUAGAACUGCAGAGCCUCAGAGCGCAGAAUCCGAAGUUAAAAAACUCCCAUUCCUCCCGAAGGUACAGAAUUCGAUUUUUUUCUUCGGUUAAGGCUUGAAAUGGGACCAAAAGUAUCUUUCUGUAAAUCAUACUGAACAUCUGUUUAUGUUGCGCUCACCAAAGAUAAGACAAUUAGCCACACAGGAGCGAGCUACCAUAAUUAUUUCAUUCUUUACCCUUCAAUCGGUUUUUUGAUGGUAAUAAUUUUUUUUCAGGGGCACUGUUUCGGAGGAAGUGGCUAUUUUGGUGUUGGAUCACCACAGUUUUUUUAUGCUGAUUUUGACGCACUAACACUUGGAAAAAUAAUUCGUCUCUUGGGAUUCACUAUUCCUCUUCCGCCGCCGAUAGCACAGACUGGCUUCCCGGAGGGCGGAUCGGUAUGUGUGGAUUAAAAGGACUGUUUCAAUCACUUCCUUAUAGUGGCUUACUAUAAUUUUCAUCAAUUGUCCAAGUAGACUACUUUUCGAACCUGUGCCAAUCAAUGGAAACAAAUUCUGACAAUGCAUCGAAUUUGAAACAUAGAUUUGAAAACUGUAUCGAUGCAUAGGGCGUAGAAAAAGGUUUCUUUAAAAAGUUGUAACGGUCCUAGCGGAUAACUUGCAAACCAAUCAAUCCUUAAAUAAAUCUUUAAUUGUGUUACUAUGAAAACCUGAAGCUUGCAGGUAUGAGGUAACUUUUACAAGAUGUAAGGCGCGAAAGUCCAUCUGUAGGGUAGGGUUAGGUUGAGUACACAAGUAGCUGUAUUGAAUUGACUACAAUGUAAAUAAGUGCCGUUUAUUUAUUGCAGGGAUCUUACGCGGAGGAAGCGUUCGACCUGAGAAUCGCCAAUGGUCCAUACAUCCCUGAGGGCUUUGCUAUUAAAGGAAGGGUUAAUACUUUCGGAUGGUCAAUUUAUGCACAUGUCAAGUUAUCAGAAUCGGUAAACAACCUACUCACUGUCUAACUAUAUUUCGAUGUGACAAUCAAGGCUUCACAUUUGUAUAAGCAGUCGUUAUCAGUAAAAGAAAUCAUUCUUAACGACAACCAUGACGAAGUUUUGGAAACGUGAUUUAUACUUGCGCUUGUUCUUGUGCCUUUUGCGUUUGAUUUAUGCUUGUGCAACGGCUAGCUGACAGCGGAAAGGAAAGAGACAAACCAGUUUGUGUUUUGUGUUAUUUUAGAUAAAUAAACGCUAUGGCGCAAAUAGAUCCUUAAGUGUCUUGUCCUCUCAAACUAAAUGAGUUGAAAUCUGCAACGUUUGAAUGUCCAUGUCAGAUUAUAUUUAUGAAGUGAUGUUAUCAGUUGUGAUAUUUUGAUCAAGGCAUUUGUUUCUAAUUGUGUUGGAGUGAAUUUUUCUAGGCAAUUUUUAUCGAUCUAAAACCAGACCCGAUACAAAUCUUGGACCUUAUAACAAUCGUCCGCAGUCCCACGGAUAAGGACAAAGGACCUUGGUGGUAUUUAGACGCAAGAAAAAGUCCGCCCUUCAUUGAGGUAAGUUGUGUAGAGCUGUUAACAUUGCAGAGUCAUUAUUACAAUUAAUUCUUAUAUUUUGAGAGCACCAAUUCACUUUUCCUUGAUAUUACAACCAUAUUAAGGCGGUAAACGAUUUUUUUUAAAGGAAAAUAUAGAUAUUCAAAUACAUAUCAGACAGGCAUAAGUUUUCUUUGAAUUUCUUUGGCUUCUUUAAUAGCGAUGUAUAAGUAAGCAUAACUUCUUUAUUUCAUAAGCCAGUAGGGAUUCCUUCAUGGUAUAACUCAUUCCAAAUUAAAUUCCUUUGGCUGAGAUAGGAGAACCCAGCGAGAAUUUACAUAUGGUUUUCAAGCUGGUGAUGGCCAGUGCGUAGUCGAAGUUUGAAAAGCAUCUGUUCGAACGCCGUUAACAACAAUAUGGCAAAAUUUUUCGCCCUAAUUCCUGAAAUUGUGACAAGCAUGAGGGUGGGAGAACUGUCCAUAAUUUUUUAUUAUAUCGUCUGCUUUUUUCUUUCAUAGUCGUAUGUUGAGGGACACACCAACAUACUGGGAAUUUCAACUUACUGUCGGCUGAAUUUGACCACCACACGCAUAGAGUUGCUAGUCCAAGGAAAUUUCCUCAACCUCAUCCAAGCUGAACUUUAUAUGACUGCAAGUUACAGUUUGACAUGGCUGGGAACACAGUUCUAUAUUAGAAUUAAUGUGGACCUGCACGCAAUCAAUAACGUAAGGAAAUUAUUUUUUCCAUAUCUAACGAAAACUGUAUUGACAAGUGAUGAUACUUGCCGUUGCAAAAGGUCCAAGAGAGAAAAUGAGAGCGAUCAAAAUACAUCACUGUGACGGAGAAAUAAGACAACGAAAUUGAAAAGGUUAUAUGAAUAACAAUGUGCACAUUCUUCGGGACGUCAAAUGAAAAAGUGAGCAAGUAAUAAAAAGGAGAAAAAAGAACGAAAAAUUGAUUGUCUUUCUCGGGAAACUGCUGGAAAAUGCGAUCGGCAGAGUCCUCCUUUCCUGGCUUUUCAAGUUGAGCAGGCCCCUCAAUUCAUAAUUAUACUAAGUGAAAAAAGGAGUUGCGCUCCAACUUAGCAAAAAUAAGUGGAGUCUUGUCCGGGCCAAAUAUUUUCGGUUAAUGUUCAUGCCCCUAAAUCGCUCUUUCACAGGCUUUAGAUGCAGCAGCGAGAGCUGUGAAAGGCGCAUUUGACGCGGCCCAAAUGGCGCUUGCUGAUGCAAAAGCAAGAGUAGUAAGGGAAAAAGAAAACUGUCGAAGAAAGCUGACACUCGAGUGUGAUAACUGUAAGAGGCUUAAGUGUGCUAAAGCACAAAAGGACUGUAAAGGAUUCUUGAACGCAGCUGGAAAAUGGAUCGGUGGUGUUAUCGAUAAAGCUGGUAAGAGUAAAAACCCUAUAAAACAAUAAUGAUAAUCGCGGAAUUAACUGCAGCCAGGCCCUCAAUGCGUUAUGCAUGGUAUAAAUCCCGCAGCAGUGGAAGGGGACGUUUCCUCUUUCGAUGUAUAAUGUAAAGAGUCACUUAUGACAGAAUAAGGAGCAAAAAAGCCGAGUUGACAAACUAAAUAUCUUACAAGCCACUAUUACCAGCAAUGAUAUUUGGAGAUGCUCUCUAGAAUUAUGUGAUUUUUCUCAACACAUAGUCUAUCGUUAUUUGAGACUUGAUAACGAUACUGUAACACAAACUGGAAUCCAGUCGUAUCAAACCUUGGGAAGUAUUAAUUAAUGUAUCUGUGUAAACUCCACGUAUCAUGGGAAAAUUUGCAUUACUUGAUGAAUUUAAAGUUAACAAUAUCUUUUUUUUCAAGGGAAAUGGAUAAAAGGAGCCUUCAAAGAAGUAGGAAAGAAGCUGGCUCCAGUAAGUAAAUCUCUCAACGAAACCUCUCUGAAAACAAGCGAUUAGACAUAAAGCAAUACAUGUAGUUUCUAAAGGUGAUUCCUUGGAGAAAAUAAAAAAGAUAUCGAACAAAUUUUUUAUGCUUUCGUUAAAUGUUCUCUAUUAAUAUCUGCAACAAAAAUUUUAAAGGGCAUGGCCUCAAAGCUUUCCUCGAGUCGUUGCUCUCAAGGUCAUAAUUUUUACCCUCGAGUAGCGGGCAUCGUGCACGCUUUUAGCUCUAUCUUUAUUUCCCUUCGAUGAUUUUUUUUUAUUUAACCAAUUCAAAAGGGAUCAUUUGUACACCAAAAUUAUGCAAAGAGAGGAUGUAGGUCACCACGCUCGUUCAAGAGCCAUAGACCAUCGUACCUCUUUACAUGGUCCAUUGAUUAGAAAAUCGAAUUUCAAGUGCGCGUGUUAAUUAAACGAUUAUGUGACUUUUAUAUGUUGUACAGGACGCACAGUGCAAAAGUAAGAAAUCUCAUUAAUUCUAUCAAAGCAUAUUUAAACAAUGACUAGAGCUUGAAUUUGAUGAACAUGAGAUUUUUACUAAAAUAAUUUGACUAAAUGCUUUGCAAAGUAAAAAGGCUUAUGACGCUGACUGCCUAUCGCCAACAGGCCUUCAACGCUGUUAAGAAAUUUUUCAAAGGCUGGAAAAGAAGAAGGGAGAUAUUGGACAAACGUAAUGAGAAUUUCGAACUCCAUCUCCGACGACGUCGAUUUAUCAGCAAAAUUCUGUGUGAGGGGGUUGUAGGAGGUGGAUGUAACGGUAAGCAUCAAAAAAGCUUUGUACAGCGGUUUUGUUUACAUGAGUAAACUCAGGAAAUUUGAUUAAAAAAAGCGCGAAUAAUUUUUGACUUCCCUCUCUGAGCCACAUACUCUUAGAAUUCCAACCAGCUUAUAUCAUCCUCGUGGCAAUACCAUGAAUAACAUAGGUAAUUAAUGAAAGUUUGUUUUCAUUAAUUCAUAACGAAUGGUACAACUCAACGAUGGCAUUUGGCUUGUGCAAUGAAUGCUCAUGGCAAUCAAUCAAUUGCAGUGAUGUUAUCUACCUAUACCACCCGUACUUUCAUUGUUGUUUUUAUUGUGAAUACUUUUUUGCUGAUUUACAAGGCUUUUGUAGAAAUGAUGUCGUUGCUUACAGGUUGUUAGUAAUCGAAGUCUUCUUUGGUUUUCAGCGGUGUCCAGCCUUUGCGAGGGAUCGUGUAAAGUGGUUAACCAUAUCGGUCAAGGCUUGUGUAACGUUUUGGAUUUAGCCAUUGGAGCUUUGACGAUAACUGAACGCGCAACAGCCUGGGUUGGCAAAGCUAUUGACUUUGUCCUGACUAAACUGUUCAGAGUGUACAGGUUAGAUAGUUGUUUAACUUUGAUUUACCAUACUAUUUUCAUACCAACCGUAAAACAUUAUCAACAUAGUCGAGACCUUCAAUCCUUGCCUCAUAGAAGUACUUGAUGAAGAGAUAUUUAUGGUGCCUGUAAAAAACUAGAGUAGAGCGCGCCUAUGGCCUUCCAAUUAAUCAUCUUACAUAGACCCAACCUACAUGUAACCCAGGCCACAGUGGUGGGAAGCGAGCGCUCUCACCACUGCGCUAUCCUGCUGACCCAUGGCUAUAAUUAAUGUAAAUUGGCCACACUAUAGAGUUUCUAAAGCUGAUGUUCGAGUGUUAGCCUUUCGUGUUUUGUAUGCUCAUAUUCUGAAUCUUGAUUUUUAUUUAAUUAUUUUCUUUGUACAGUAUCAAAUUUGAAUUUAGCCUUGAAGCAUACGCUAGAGGGGACAGAAAUAACGUCAUAUUCAAUGCAGCUAUCGACUUGCUGAUCUUUGGAAAACGCUACUAUCUUGCAACCGAAUUCAACCUGAGAGAUCCAGUCGGAAGCCUAAGAAGUGGAUCAGAUAAAGCAACAGAAUGGUACAAAAGCAACAUGAAUAACGAACAAGCAACCGCACCCGAAUCGAACUUUUAUGACAGUCCGAAUCCAUAUGCUGACUUUGAGAUGUCAGGUAUAAAACAACAAUUAAAAAUGAAUAGAGGCAUUCUUAAUCGGUGAAUUGCAGCUUCUUGUACCACGCGAGUUCGUUUUCCGAAUGAUUUCGUAUGCAUUCUUAAUGGGUGAUAUAGAGCUUGAGGAAAAAAUGAAUUUCCCAGGACGUGAACAGGAGCCAGAAGUUGAGUUUCCCUUUUUCUAGGCCCUAGAUUAUAUAUAGUUACUCCUGUGGCGUGUAGAGAAUCAAAGUGUGUUGUGACUAAGCGGUAGUUUUUGCUGUUUGUUUUCAGAAACAUUUUUAAUCGAGAAUCAGCAAGCAGCAACAGAUAGCAGGACUGGCGCCUGUUUGUAUGUCGACUCUAAAGAUGAUGGAGCUUUUAUUAAAGUUACGGGCUGCAAUGAAAAUGAUGACAAGCAAAAUUGGGCUUACACUCUGAAAGGACAAAUUGAGGUUAGUGUAUGGAGCCACAUUUUUCGUCGGUAGAUACUUGAUUACAUCCAAAACAAGUGUGUAAAGAAGUAAAGUAUUCUUUGUUAUUUAUGCCCAUUUGGUUUCAUAGUUCAGGUAGAAUUGCUCUUUGAAUGAUUUUAAAACGUGUAACGACGAAGUUUUACCUCUGCUUUCUGUUUAAAAAGGGAUCGGAUUGCUUCGGAUUGAAGUUAUACGACGAACAUAUAAAAUAUUAAGCUUUAUUCAGUAACAGUAUAAUUUUAACGCGUGUCUAAAAUCACAACAACCAAUGAAAGCAACGAAAAAUGUAUGAUAUGGGAACUGAAAGUCUAUUAAAUUCCAAUUGACUAGACUGCGGGCAAACUUAAGUCAAUAAGUCCUGAUUGGUUUAUGCUUUUCGAAUGAUUGUAUGGGAGAGCAGCGCGAGUAUCUGAACUAGACACAUAUCGAGAAAGAGCAACCCCACCCAAUCUCGGAUUACAUUCGACAGUAAUACUUGCCGUUGGUGGGGACAAUCUUUAGAAAUGAAAUCACGUAUUCAAACCUAUAUCAAAAUUCUAACCAGAUAAGUGGAUGUAGUUUAAUAGGCGGUCGUUCUGGCCGGACGGCUCUGAUUUUAUCCGAAUUCUCCUUCUUACUCUUGAUAAAUGGACCAAGCUAGCUAGCUACCAUUAUUUCAAGAAAAAAUGGUUAUUCGCCUGAGUGAGUGAUUUACAGCUAGUCGAUGUUGCCAAAUGGGCUAUGAUUCCAUUUUAAGAUACAGAAGUAACACGGUUGUGUCAAAAUACAAAAAUUUCCUCACAAUACUUUCAUUGAUUGUUGCUAUUUUAUGAAAUUUGUAGAACUACUGGUCUAAGUUGUGUAUUGACUCAGGCGGCGCUGCCACUGGUUCCAAACUGAAACAAACCGCAUGCAAUCCUGUAAGAGAUGAUCAAAACUUCCAGUGUGACUUGACUGUGAGAACUCUCAUGAGAAGACGAAGUGAUAAAUGCUGGACACUGGGUGAGUAAAGAUAAACUUUAAGCUCUGCUCAAAGAAAGACAUGAAUCAAACCUUGCAUUCAGGUACGUGCUUCAAAGCUUCCAAAGCAAUUUGUGACCGAAUUCGAACCCCAUUUUAUACUAGGGCUCGUAAGGAGCACUUUGAUCAAAAGAAAAAAAAAAACACUUAAGAACUCAAUUCAUUUGAAAUCUUGUUAUUCUUAUUUCUUGUAAUUCAUUUACACAUAUCUGAGUUUGAACGACGAUAUCAACACAGUAGAAAACUAGACAGACCUUUCUCGGAGUGGGAUGUCAAAUUGGCGAAACAACCACAAAAAAACUUUGAACAGUUUCAAGCAGUAAUGUGGUUCUACAUAGGUACAUCAACAAUCAAUGGUCCAGGCCCUCUGGUUCACCGCAGUUCCUCAAAAUGCAUUCACGUGAAGAAUGGUGGUUUUAGUGCAGUACCGGAUGGCACUGGAUUAGUUAUUUACACUGGAUGCUAUGAUGGGUAUGAAAAGAUUACCAGUUUUUAAUGCAUUAAACCAGAAACAUGGGGAAAGGGAGAGGGGUGUCCUGGUGGUCAACGCAGUCGAACCUCAUUGUCAGGGCCAGAUCGAGUCCUGCAAACUUCAUUGAAUGCCUGAGGAGCGCGUAUCAUACCUGAAGAGGACUCUUAAUGUACAAUUGAAACGCUACGGUCCACAUCGGAAGUAACAUCAUGAAAUGAACAAUUUUAGUUCAUGUCAAGUGCAUUCACAAGGACCAAUAAAUGGAACUUUUAACAAUAUAACUAAAUAUGGUUUUCGUUAAAAUCGCUUUCGAAUAAAAGGAAAACCCUUGUUCUUACUUCAGUUCUUGCGAUGCCACCCUUAGAAUGGAAUAAAAGAGUAAAUGUGAUAUUGAUAGCAGAGUAUCAAAAAUAGAGUAUGGACCUUUGCACUCUCCCUAAGUCUCUCUACCUUCACACUUAACUUAGAUAUUUCUCUCGACCCUGAUGUCAGUACUCCAGUCGAGUUUUAAUCAGAUUUAGGUAGCCUGAGAAAGUGUGCAAUACCUUACAGUAAAUAUUUAGACGUCUGGUAAAUAUGUUGAAACGAUUUUAAAAGCUGUCUUUUCUGUUGAACAGAGGAAGUUCUGAAAAUCGAUUAGAAUUCGCCCUGGAAGAUGGCUAUUUGAAGCACAUCAGGAGUGGAAAGUGUGCAAAGCCAAUUGGAGCAGUCUCUGAUGAUGUUGUUCUUGGAAUGUACUCAUCUUGCGAAGGACAUAAAUUUAGUUUCACAGCUGGAGGCUCAUUACAACACAUUGCAAGCAGAAAAUGUGUCAACCCCAAAUCAGGGGUGAGUAUCGAAAUGCAGCGUAAUAUUUGGAUCAUCAUUUGCACAUAUGUACACUAUGCCGGAAAUCCCGUCUUAAAUUUCGUAAAGGAAGCAGGUAGGGAAAGCUUUGAUUGACGUGUUUAAUUCCUUGUUGCUUUCACCCAAUUUGCAUGACGUAAGGUUAUAGCUGCGAAAUUUGUUCCAUGCACCUCAGUGUAUGGGGUUAUGUAAGAAUAGGACAACCUAUCCUCCCAGAUCACAUGAUUUGAGUUGGAUAGCAGGAAUGAAAGCAAACACGUCAGCCGAAACCUGCCAUUGUUGAAGGCAUGAGAAUUGCUGUUGGUCCACCCCACGAGAAGAUAAUCGGUGUGAUCAGGCGGCAUAUUUUGGACGAAGUUUCCUUUUAACUCACCUUGUGGGUCUCUAGUAAUAACUACAAGUGUAACAGUUUGCCUACGAAAGAGCCUACUCAUCGCAAGGUAACGUAAUUAAAUGCUUCAUUUAAAGGCUAUAAUAGAGGCAUGUUUUCACCACAAAAGUGGAUAUACGAUUAUCAAUAUCUUUUUUUCAGGCCAUGAUCCCUGGAAAUGGCGAUGAUCUGGUGUUGAAUUCUAACUGUGAAAAUAGUGACUUUUCAGAAAACAAGAAGCACCUUUUAUACACUUUCCUUCCACGUAAGUUUGUUUGACAUCUCAGUUUGCUUGAAGCAUAAGUUUUGUUUGACAACUUUCUUGACACGUGAGUUAAUUUGAAGAAAUCCAUUUUUCUAUUCCUAGAAAAAAGUUUUUUUUUUCCAUUUCCCUUGGAUAUUUUAUGGCGAUUAUUGCUUUUUCAAUCAAACGUAAUUCUUAAGCGGUUUUUUACCAAAACUGGUCCAAUUUUAACUUUAGAUAUAAAUUUUUAUUUUCGAUGACUAGUGAUAUUGCUUUGACGACAAGUAGAAUUAGUUGUGCUUUCUAUACCGAAGCUCCAAAUAAUUGCGAAAUUUAUGUUAGUAAUAGUUUACUCACAAUCUACUCACUCGUUAUUCGAGUUGCAAAAAAGUUCAUAGUAAAACUAUUUUUCUUAGGAAAUCCAGGGCUUUAGGUUUAAAGAACUCUUCUACGACGAUGAGGUUAAGUACAAAAGAUCAUAGAAUUCUUAAGGUGUACUUUUAAAAACCUGACGAAGACAAGCUUAAUGUUUGCUUAUCUUUUUUUCUCUAGGUAGCCCAUAUGUUAGUCUUGAAAAGUGCACAAACUUUGAUGAAGCAAGACUGGACCAACGAUUUGAAAUUAUGGAUGAAUCAGUUGCGAGCAUCUGUAGCAAGUUUGCGAGAAGUAAGUUUACAGUAUUUCUGUGGUCAAUGACACAUACUGACCACUGCAGGCACGCACUACAGGUAAAGAAUUCCAUCUGAAUUGAUAAUUUGGCAUGUGUGCUUGACUGAGUUGGUCCUGUGAUCUGACUGGCAUAGUUGAAUUAAGCCGGAGUCAUUGUUCAUUUGGUUAAUUUCCGGUAAGGGGACAGUCAUUGUGGUAGCCCCCUAAUUUACCAAAUAACACUACUACAAGUCUAAAGAUCCUCCGCAGGAGAAUGAGAUAUCUAGAUCAUUUAAUUUUUUUGUUUUAUUUUGCUUUUUUUUUUUGGUCCUUCAGCACAAUCGCUCUUGUUAAUGUAACUGAUAUGAUUUAUUUUUUGGUUUGUGGUUAAUCAAAAUCAGCCACUUGUAGCCGUUCUUCGGACAAGAUGGAAUACUCGUAGAAGCUUUUUUCGGGGAAGUACAAUACAAAAUCUUGUAAAAAAGGCUCCUAAGACAAGUAAAAGAGAGAUUACUCUCAUGGGCUGCGAGAUGCUUUCAUCGUUCAAUUAAGCGGUGACGUAUGAUUGUACAUGGUCGCGUACAACUCCUCACAUCGAUAUUAGGAACGAUAUAAAAACUUGGAAAUUGGUUGUUACUAUUUUGAUUUUUUUGCGGCAAAUUGUAGCUAUAAACUAGGGCUAAACGGUUACACACAACUUACAGGUCCUUGUGAUUAUUCCAUUUUUCAGAUCUUGCUUACCAUAAGACUACAGAGCAAUCAAGUACAGCUUAUAAUGGGUUCAGCAGCAGAGCUGUGGACGAAAACUAUUCCUCUCUUUACAACGAUAACUCGUGCACUCACACUAGGAAAGAGCAAGACCCUUGGUGGAGAGUCGAUCUUGGGAGAGAAUACAUCGUGACAGGUACGCGACACUGAGGCGAGACUGAGGCGCAAACAUUUAACUCAAACUUCAACUUGAAAUUUCUCAGAAACUCAGCUGAAUAAUGCUGGAGAGAAACUGACCCUGACUGUAAUUGUAGUUCUGCAAACUGCAUUCAGUCAUCAUACACAUAACACAGUUUUAUUUAAGAACGAUGUUGUCUAAUCUUAAAGAAAAAUUCCUGCUUUUCCAACUUUCGGUUGUAUUAGAAGUUUUUCACGAACUAGACCUAAUAACAUUUAAAAUAAAAUGACCUGAUUGCCAUUUCAUCCAUUAGUCUUAUGUACUUUUUGUCGACAAAAAAAAACUCCUGAAGAUGAAAACAAAAUAUUUAGAAAACAUUCAUCCCACAUUCUCUUUGCACAGAUGUGAUGAUCGUAAAUCGGCAUGGAUUUUAUCAAAGGCUUAAGAACUUUGAUGUGAAAGUCGGGAUCAGUAAAAACAACAAAGAGAACCCGACUUGUCACGACCGCGUUCGGUAUGUUGAUCAGGCGCAAGCACUCAGGGUGCAGUGCGAUCCACCAAUUCCAGGGCGAUAUGUGUCGGUACAGAUGUAUCAAUACGAGGCCCUAACUUUGUGCGAGGUGGCAGUUUAUUCAAGAGUUGGUAAGUAGUGAAAUCAAUGAUGUUCGAAAUACCUUCGCCAGAUUGAGAGAGAAAAACGAGAUUAUUCGCAAGCUAAGCUGAGCUCCAUUUGUUUUCACAAUUUUUUAAUCUUCUCAGCUCCAAAUUGUAUUGGAACCCCACUGGAUUUACGAAAACAAUUUUUUUUUAAAAUUCAAGCUCAAGCUUGAUCCCUUUUCAUCAUUAGACGAAUCACUUUUUCAUGCAAAGCCACUCGCUUUUGCCAAGCUGUAAGGUCUUGUAUAAAAUAUGCAGAUACAUGUGGGGCCACUCUUUUACUUUUUUUGUGUCAUUGUGUAGGCAGCAUGAUCUUCUUCCUGCCUUAAAUUUCCUUAAUGGGUUGUUUUUCUCUUUACCCUUAUUAUAUAUUUGUGACUUUCACUAUCCGAAUAAUUUUUAGGAGGCUCUCGAGAAGAAUGAUCAUUGAAUUUCUUCCCUCUAUCUGAUCAACGAACAUUGCAACUGCCACACAAUGGUGUAUUAUUACGGUGCUAUUUGAAAACAUCAAGGAAUGGCUCCAUCUUUUUUUAUUAUUUUUCCUAUUUCCUAGGCUCUCUCGCAGAUCUUUGUCAACUGAAUAAUGGCGGCUGUGAACAGGUUUGUUAUAACCUGUGUAAUUUGAGAGUCAAGUGUGGCUGUCUGCCUGGUUACACUCUGGCUUACGAUGGAACGACUUGCGUUGGUGAGUAGCUUUUCAAUAUUAUAACAUGGGUUGUGCCUCCGUUUCAUAUUAUAGUGAUCCUCUAGGAAAGGCUCAUGCACUUCUGUGGCCAAUUAAAAAGGUUGGUUUAUGCUUAGCGUGCGUAUACCGAAUUAUGGAUGCACGCGGGAAGCUUGGAGAGCACAAGAGAAGCAUAAGAGCAAUUCUAGCUUCUUGAGUGCUCUCCAAACCUCCCAAAUACAUUCAUAACUCGAUACAAGCACAGCUAAAGAAUGAACCCAUUCUUUUAUAACAUGGCAUACGGACACAAGUUGUGCACGAAGAAAAGGACUCUGUAACAACUAUGUCGGGUUUACCACAAAAUCGUCUUCUACCCGAAAACUGUGAAUAAAUGACAAGGCUAAAACGACCAAGAAAUAUUUUUUGCGAUCUUCAUAUAAAGAAACACUCUAAACUGAUUACGUGCAUAAAAAUAUUGUUUUGAAGUACGUUAAUACCUCGGGAAAGUAAUGCACUCUUCCUUUUUUCCAAUACAGAUCGGAACGAAUGUAAUCUCAAUAAUGGAGGCUGUGACAGAGCAAAUGGUCGGUGUGUCAAUUCUCCUGGUAGCUUCCACUGUGAAUGUAAUGCGGGAUACCAUCUACAAGAGAAUAACCAAUUCGUUUGCGAAGGUGAGUAGCGUAAUGAGUACAACAGAUACAAACCACGCAUAAGGUAUUAAAGAACUAUGCUAUGACAUUUUUCAUUAACUCGUUAGAUUUCCAUCGUCCCAAAAUAAAUAAGCCGCGGAAAACGGCAUCGAAUACUGCUACAUUUUAUUAAUCUACAUAGGGCGAAUCGUUUUUUCAAGAAACUCUGAGCUUAGUUUUGCCACUGCUAAUCUGUUAACAAAUAGAGUAGAGUAUGUUUCUUCCAACUUUCAUUGGUAAAUUAAACUUAGGCUGGCUUUUUUUUCUAUCUUUUUUCCUCCAAUGGAUUUCAUUUUAAAUUUACCUAGAUCGGAAUGAAUGUGGCAUGGAUAAUGCUGGAUGUGAGCAGAUUUGUAGUAACAGCGAUGGUAGCUUCAACUGUGAUUGUAGAGCAGGAUUCAGACUUAAAUCAGAUAAAAUGGGUUGCGAAGGUGAGAUUAAUCCCACAACAAAAACAUAUUUGUUAGGCUAAAAUAUACUACUAUUUCCUAUAAUUAUGGGGCCAUGAUGCGCGCGUUGCGAGCUCCGCUGUUAAUAUAUGUAUCAUUUUGGUGUUCCAUCACAAAUACUGCAAUCUGACUGACGGCGCUACUUCCCAUCUAAUCUUAAUCAAAACAAAUCUAUUAGCUUUCUAUCGCAAAUACUGCAGUCUGAUUUGCUGUGCUACCUGUUAUCUAUUUAACAAGAGCUCACAAUUUCUAUCACGCAUAGAAAUUAAAAUCGAAUAAUAUUAUUGUUUUAUUAAAUAUGUAUUAGUCAUUUCGGCCUUUAAAAGAAAUAAACAGUGUAUGUUUAAAAUCUAUUUCGUUUACAACGGCACGCUGUGAGGUCAUCCACUGUACUAACUACAAACCACGUAACAAAUAGCGAGUAGCGAAGCGAAUCAGAUUACAGCAUUCCUUAUGUAAAUCUAUAAUCAUUAACUUCGUCAUUAACGAUGGUUAGAAUAUAACUUGACAUGGACAUCUCAUUAGAAAGGACAAUCUUUUUGUUGUAGAUAUUGAUGAAUGUAAGGCACCAGACUCGGGAGGUUGCAGUCAUACCUGCCAUAACUAUGAAGGUGGAUAUUACUGUAACUGCCCGGCUGGCUAUCGACUGAUGGAAGACGACAAGACAUGUGAAGGUACCGUUUCAUAAAUAUUUAUUCUUUUUUUCUAACUUUUGCAGGAAUAAGAGCCUUAAUAUCAAACUAAAAAACUGAAUGCAUUGUCAGUUUGUCGAUAAGCGACAAAAGAACGCAGGGGGAAGGGGAUGGUGCGGCUUGUUGUGAGUUCCUUUUUCUUUGGCUUUACGACCCAUUAGCGCAUUGAUUUUCAAAUAUGUUUGUUAAAAUAGUCUUCUUGAGUAUUUCGAAAUUAAUGAAAGCUAUUAAAAACUAGCUACCCAAGGCUCUACCUUUAAUCUUCGCUUUCAUAACACAUUAAUUAGCAUAAACUAAUUUAUUACAGAGAUUUAUUGCCCAGCAUUGGAAGUUCCAUUAAAGGCAGAAAUAACGCCAGAAAUCUGCACUGAUGGUCGUGCAAAUAUUGCGCGUAACACUGCGUGUGAGUAUACGUGCGCGACUGGAUACCGUCUUGUAGGUGAUAGUUCUCUGGUCUGCCAGAUUGACGGAUUUUGGCAAGGGACAGCCCCACGUUGUGAACGUAAGUAGCACAGAUUAUUUAGAUAAAUCCAGUUUUUGUAUGUGUUCAAAAGGCGGUAACAGGUGAGGAAACUGGUCGUUGGACGAUCUAUUUCUGAUUUCGCAUCUCCAGUAGCAAAAUAAUGGUACCUAUCAAUCAUUGCGUUUUUCAGGGUAAUUCAGUAUUAUCAACUGGGUUGAUAACGAAAAAUUGGCCAUCGUAAAGAGUUUGAAGGUUGAAAUUUCGAGCGUUAGACCUUCGUCAGAGCGAAUGGACGAAGGGCAAACGCUCGAAACGUCAGCUUUUAAACGUCAAUUCUUUUCUGUAGCCAAUUUACGUUCUUAACUUAGCUUAGCGUUUAUUCCUUAUGUUUUCCUCCCUUAAUCUAAAAUAACUACAAAGCAACCAUAACGUGACUUUAAAAUGGAACUUACAGCUCUGUAUAAUAAGGCAAAAACACUCCAACGACAGUCGAUCGGUCUGGCAAACUUUAUUCUGGCUGCAUAUUAAUAAUUAUAUCUACGAAUAUAUAUAUGUUUUCACAGCGGUUAUGUGUCCGAAGUUGACUGUACCAGCCAAUGGUGCUGUGGUUCCAUCGUCAUGCGGGGAAAGUGAUUCACAGUACGGUGUGGAAUGUUUCUUUGAAUGUGAUGCAGGCUAUGUAUUGAAAGGACCCAGAUUUACGACAUGUCAAGGAGAUAAUUCAUGGUCUGAUAUGGCGUCAAUUUCUUGCGAGAAAGGUAAAGAAAGUAGCCUAUAACAUACAAAACAUCCAAGAAUAUUUCGUGUGCCUGCAGUAGUUUUCAGUGAUGACAUUCUGUUACAUUUUCGCUUUUGUACCAUCCUCCCCCUUCAGCUUCCUGGUUCAUCUGUCCUUGACGAUGAUAACCUUCAGUAAGUAAUAAUAUACAUGUAUAACGUUCAAAAUCUCCGUCUGCAUGUUGUUAUUAGAGAGUCAAUUUGGCGCAAGCCUCAGACUCAAAUGCUGCAGUUUUAAAGUAUUUGCACUAAAGGACUUAGAUUCAUUAUCUUGCACAUAUAAAUAUCUUGCUUUCAUACUUAAUAAGUGUUUAGUGAUCCGUGAAUCAAGUGUUCGAUGAACAGAGUCGAAGAACUUGAUUAGAAGGACUUAGAUUCAUUAUCUUGCACAUAGAAAUAUUUUGAUUUUAUACUUUAUAAGUGUUUAGUGGUCCGUGGAUAAAGUGUCCGAUGGACAGAGUAGAAGAACUUGAACCAGACAAGUCUGCAGUAGCUCUAGGAUUCAAGUGGCAGAAACCGCAAACAAACGUGGACUCCCCUACGGUGUCGCCUAGCAACUACGAUGAGAAUUAUCUUUUCCCUGUCGGUAAACAUAGGGUUAUGUGGACAGCGACACUAUCUGGGAGAGAGAUAAGCUGCACCUUUUUCAUAACCGUCAUCGGUGAGAUUACUGAAUUUUACGAUUCAUUGUCAGAAAAUAACGAAUAUCUUACUCAAUUAAUGAACUCACCUGGUCAACAAACCUUGCGGAUAACGUGAGGAAACUCAAAAGAUUACAUUAUUUUCGCUUUUAUCAGAUGUCUGCAAUAAUAAACUUCAAUUUUGUUCCUACCUGAAAAGCAUCUACAAUGAGAGUUUACAUUCCCGCAUAAAAAAGCCCCUUAAUCCAUAUGUGGAAUCGAUGAUCAUGUUCAUUAGUUCAGUGAAUAAUGCCAUACUAGCGUUAGAGAGCGUUUUGGUUAACUGAUUGACGUGAAGCCAAAAAUACUCACAUUACUACCAACUAAUUACAGCGAAGGUAAAUAUUGGAAUGAGUUGUGGAAUUUCAUACGCAAACAACGAAACUCCCUGAGAAACAGAAAGAUGGUUUAAUCUGAUUUGUUGAGACGGUGUCGAAGGUAUUUUACAAGCGUUGGGGGAGGGGAACACCGAUGCAGUCAAGGAUUAAUUUCGUCACUUAUAGAUAAGUUAUUCUACUUUUUGUAGAUGUCACCCCUCCCUCAGUUCAAGGCUGCCCAGCGUCUUUUACGGAACAAACCGACACCAUUUUCAAGGAAGUUACAUGGAAGGAGCCUACAUUUACCGAUAACGUAGGCGUUGCUAGUGUGUUAUCCAAUCGUAAGCCAAAUUUCGACAUGGGAGCUUUUUCAACAUUAACGAUAAUAUAUGUUGCAACCGAUGCUGCGGGAAAUGAAGCCAACUGCAAGUUUGACAUCACUGUCGAAGGUAAAAAAUGUUGCAAACACAUUCUCAGUUUUUGCACUAUUCAUCAUUUCAUUUAUUUACACUGUUUUGUAGUUUUGUUCUCAAUCGAUACACCCAUCGACAAUCUUGCUCAUCUAUCUUAAAAAUACCUAUUCGUCAAAUUUGGUGGGGCACCACCACUAUGAACUGUAUCAGGCACGCCUUUAACAAUCUAAUAAACUAGGUAAUUGCGAGGCUUAAUUUGUUAUGAUCACAACCCUGCACUCCUAUGUGAUUUCAUUUCCCAUCCAAAGUUUGCUUUUCUCCUAUCUUACAGGAACUAAGUGCAGGACGAUUCAUCCUCCCAGGAAUGGCGUUCUAGAAGAGAUUCCUGGCACCUCUGCAAGGUUGAUAUGUGACCCUGGCUUCCUUCUCAACCCAACUCCCCCCGGAUCGCCUGGACUGCUCGAACGUCCUCUUUACGAGUGUCAGGGCAACAAAUGGAUUUCUAGGGAUGAUCAAGUGUCCGAACUGACCAAGCAUGUAGAUUGCACAGGUAAGAAUAAUUUUCGAAUGCUCUCUCUAUUUAUGAAAAAGCAAAUCAUUACUUCAAUAUUGCAUUAUGACAGGAAACGUUUAUAUAGAGAGUGACUCACGUGAACAAUGCAGACCAAUGAAUAUGACCAAAGAAAAGUAAAACAAAAAGCUUUUAUUUUACUGCUUGGGAGGUACUAAGGAGUAUCAAAUCUUAUUUUCAAAUCUUAUUUUAGCUUACAGUGAAGCAGACGGGCAAGCUUGCAAAGAAGGUUCCGCUUUGAUGGGAGGCAUGUGUGGUAUGUUAAAAUUCAUGAAAACUUCUUAGAGGGAUUAUUCACCACUUUUUAUUUUGCGUGAUUGCUGCUCUUACAAGUUUCUGUGACUUAUUCCACCAUACCUCCCUGUAACUGGUACGCAAUACCCAAAGAUGUACUGAAUUUAUGUAUUAUUUUUUUACGGACAUAGUUUUUUAUACCACUGUCUUUUUUUUUCCAAAUCCGUUUUUUUUAGUUAAUCAUAAUUCAUCUAAAUGGUGUAUAAACUGAGACGAAGACAUGGUUUUUCAAGGAACCCUCAUCUCCAGAACAUUGUCUUUCGCUUUUGAUAAAGUAAAAAAAAAAAACCGGUUGCAUGCCUUUCACUUCGAUAAGAUUCGUUGUUUUCCACAGAUAACUUGUUUAUUAUUUCGAAAACCAAUUAAUCAUGAGAGAUACCGAACGUGGUAGUUAAACGUUGUAGUUUUUGCAAAAGGAUCAUCAUUUCUCGUGUGAGCUUACAAUUUGCAUAUGUACUUUGUGACAUGUUUUUUACCUUUUUUCCUCAGUGAACUGUCCUCCGGGAACAUAUGGAGAUUCUGGCAAAUGUAAAGAAUGCACACCUGGCUUUUUCCAGGAUACAGAAGGAAUGACGGAAUGCAUGCCAUGUCGAAAGAAAUUUUUUAGUAACACGAGAGGAUCUACAUCAGAUGCAGACUGCAAACGUAAGGAGAUAUUUUGAAUUUAAUGGCUGAAGUUAACAUCGGUUUCGUACUUUAGUGAAAAGGUGUUUCUGCGGUUCAUAUGCAACUUAUACGAGACCGAAAUUUGAAAAAUAAAAACCGCCCCACAAGUCUUAUUUAUGGUAAUGGUAAUAUAAUGGUAAUAGGACAAAGUGGAGUCCAAUUCGGUCUGUAAUCAUACGAGUGAUUAACAGAAUUGGACGGUCACGAAACGGGAGUCCGAUUACAGCUCUACGGAAUGAUUAGUGAGAAAUAAAGCAGCUAUGCACUAAUCACGUUUGAGGAAAUUGUAAUGGUUAUGAUUAAUAGUAGAAUGGUAUGUCCGUCAGAAUUCUCCUUGUUCAAAGACGCGAUGAAUCUCUUGUAUCCGUUAAUUAUUUGUAGCUUCUCGUUUUAGCAAUCUGCAGGCCUGGUGAAUAUUCCAUUAAUGGUGGCGUCGAUCCUUGUUUGGACUGUCCAGUGGGAACAUACCAAGACAAUUACCAACGCACUAAGUGCCACGCAUGCCCAGCAGGUUCGACUACAUUGAAAAAAGGAAGUUCUUCAGCUGAUGACUGCUAUUGUAAGUGAUACCUCGCAAGAAGGCAUUAUCUGUAGCAUCUCAUUUCGAAAGGCGUCGACUCCAAACUGGGAUAUCGAAUGACACUUUGUAAUUUACUUCAUUCUAAUAAUUCUGGCCCUAUUUUCCUUAUCCUUAAUACAAGGUGAUUAAAGGUUCAAGAAUUGUUAUAAGCCGAUAGUGUAAAAUUUUAGAUCGCCAGUUCCUCUCUAUAAUUGGGGUUUUCAUCUACGAUUCCCUGAUUGAACCACGAUGAAAAUAAUUAUAAGUUUCCUACCGUGGAUUUUGGAGACUGAACUCUGUCCUGUAAAAGAUUUUCUUCUCUUAUCUUCCAGGUGCCCUUAAAAUCACUAUGACGAUGCCAACACAGAGUCAAGUCCUACGUGUGCAACAAACUGUAAGACUCGCUUGUUUCAUCGAGGGACACCCGAUACCAAAGAUCACGUGGACUAAAGUUGGAGGUAGUGUUUCCUUAAAUUCGUCAAUAAAAUCACAAUUGAGUAGGACUCCUGUCAUAGAAAUCUUAUAUGUGAACUGUGGAUUAAUAAAAGAAUACGAGUGUGACCCUCGCGGUAAUGAACACCACUAAAUCAGUGGUGAAAAAAAAAUAUCUAGGCUAAUAACAAAAUGACCAGCUCCCAGUUAGCUUGUCAGAUCAUUCGGUAUCGCAGAGGUCAUGAGGCCUGAACUUUUCUAAAGUUUGUUUCCACUACUGCCAACGUAGCGUUCAUUACUUCGGGGGUAAUAUUUAUAUUCAUUUUUAUUUUGUUAUUAUAAAUGAUACUGCGAGCGAAUUAUUACGAUAAUGCCAUCAUCCUUGCAAUGAUUCUUUGUGAAAACUGCGGAGUUUCUAUUCAAACGUAGAAGCGGUGAACUCAUCACAGUCAAGCCAGUAUUGGUUGAAUAAGUAAGCUGUGUGUAGAAGAAUAUGCCAGCGCCUUACAAACCCGUGCGAUACGAACUAAUAAUGCACUUCUCACUGUCUGCAGGUUCAAUGCCUUCUGGGCGAGUCACCAUCGAAAAUGUAUAUGAUUCGGACGCGAAGUUGAAUGGUGUUGUGUACAGCAUUCGCAAUGCUGAUGUCCUUGAUACUGGAACUUACGAGUGCAAAGUUGAAAAUAAAUUUAUGGGAAUUGCUAAGCGUGUCACGAUUGAUGUACUUCAGGUCUCUGAAUAGCCGCAGGUAAGGUUGGAUUGUUUUACCGAAUAGCUAUAAACUUUCCUUUUCGCUUAAUAUUAUAAUUAACUGAAUAUUCCAUGAAGCGGUCGAUACUUUUGUCUCAAAGAGGAAUUUUCACUUAACUUAAUAAAGUUCUGAAAUGAUUAUCCUGAAUCGAUUCCUGGCCCAUCAUAUCAGAUAAAAAUUGCAUGUGAAACAUGUGAAAAUAUAAAAAAAUUAAAGACAUGGAGAAUCGCAGGAAAUUAUAUAUAUAUAUAUGUGUAUGUGUGUUUAUGUAUUAAAAUUAAUAUAUAUAUAUGUUCAGCCGCUUAAAUUAAACGCAUAACUCUCUUUUAACCUAUUUUUUUUACAGACGUCUUUAAGCCGAAAAUCGAAAAUAUGGAUUGAAUGGAUCUUGCCUUGACGGGAGGAAUAAAUUUUUAGCGCUAAAUGUUCUAGAAGAAAAAUUUAAGUGUAAUAGGGUAAAUGGUUUAAACCCAGGCGUAAUAACAGGG